CAGAUUUCGUCAUUAACAAAAGUUAAUUAUAAUUCUCAAUUUAAAGUUUUUAAAUUGUAAAGAUUCCCUUUAAAUGUUCUAACCUUACCUAACUUCGCAUGUUGCAAGUAGUGCAAAUAUCUGUGAUGUGUGUCAUAAUAUUUACAUGUUAAUGAAAAAAGAAUAUGUGCCGAAUGAAUAAUUUAUUUCCUGGAUUUUUGUAUAUCAUUAACAAUGAACAACUUUGACCUGGGUUUUAUUUGGAAAAUGGGAUGUCUUUGCGCCAAGGAAACUAUUACUGUAAAUACGAAAAAGUAUACGGUUCGGGAACAUCUGGGAGAAGGUGGAUUUAGUACAGUACUUUUAGUAGAAGAUAAUAUAACACAUAGAAAAUAUGCGAUUAAAAAAAUUGUUUGUCAUGGAUCAGAAGACCAACGUUUAGCAAUGAAAGAAAUAGAAUAUCAUCAUCUCGUAAAACAUCCAAAUGUUAUAGAAUGUAUUGAUUCUACACACAGGGGAACAGCAGAUCCUGUUGUCAAUUCAACUAGUGAAGUACUACUUGUAUUACCUUAUUAUUAUAGAGGUACAUUAGCACAUGAAUUAGAAAGACGAGCUAAAAAUAAUGAUUAUAUGAAUCCCAUAGAUAUUUUAAUUACCUUUUUACAAAUAUGUGAGGGUGUACAAGCUUUCCAUGAGGCGAAGCCAGAUCCUCUUGCGCAUAGAGAUCUGAAGACUGCAAAUAUAGUUUUAAAUGAUCAAAAUAUGCCUAUUAUAAUGGAUUUAGGAUCUGUAGCACCGGCGAGGGUUAAAGUUUGUGGUAAUCAAGAAGCUCAAACAUUGCAAGAUAUAGCAGCGGAAAGAUGUUCGAUGCCAUAUAGAGCACCAGAGCUAUUUAAUGUUGAAAGCUACUGUAUGAUUGAUGAACGAACAGAUAUUUGGUCCCUAGGAUGUAUUCUAUAUGCCUUAUGCUAUUUCAAAUCUCCAUUUGACAAUGUUUAUGAAAGAGGAGAUAGCGUGGCACUCGCUGUUAUAAGUGCAAAUAUUACAUUUCCGGAAGAAGCACCCUAUAAUGAAGAUAUGCAAAAUUUAAUUCUCUCUAUUUUAAAAGUUAAUCCAAUGCAGCGGCCUUAUAUAUAUACUGUAAUAGAAAAUGUACACGAUACUAUAACAAAAUUCGAAGAUAGAGUGUAAUUUUAUAAUGAUUGACAGAUUAGAAAUAAUUCUGCUUUAGAUAAAUGCAGAAACGUACAUGUUUUUGUUAUAAAAUUCAAAAAAUUUUUAAUGAUGAACAAUGUGAAUAGAACACAGUGAUAGAUUUUUAUAUACUAAACGGAAUAUAAUAUAAUUUUUUCGUAAAUAAUUAAUCAAUAUAUUCAUGGAUAGAUUAUGCUACAAUUAUCUUCAAUGAGAAGAAUUUUAAAAAUUAAAACGUCCAGAAUAUAUAAAUAUGCAUUUAUAAUGCUUUUAUAAAACUGUUAAAUAACGAACAAAUGACUUUCAUAUUACAUUUUUACAAGUGAUCAGAGACUAUAAUUAUAUA